CAUAAGAUUGACUUCGAGCAUCCUAUUUUCUCUCUCUAUAUACUGUAGGUACUUAUUCAGUAUCAAAAAGUCGAGAUUCACGCAAUAUUUGGACUUGGGCGACAUCCCGUCAUCUCCGAAGGCACAUUCGGUCAUGGUGUGGCUUCAAUAAUGAGUUCGAUGAGACUGCUGCUUCGCAUCCCCCCAUACCUAUCAUGACCUACUGUACCGAUAUACAUCUCCAGUUCUCCACGUGUUUCGUUGAUCGUUCAUCUAUGACCAUGAAAGACAUUCGCAGUGUAAUGUCCCUCGCCGCCACGAGAUUGACGGAAGCUGCGCUUGCAUAUCCGGCAGACUGCUAUGCCAAAGACACGUCGACGACUCCUUCGCCUUGUCAGACGUUCGUACAGCAGCGGAUCGACUCUCGAAUCAAUCGGGCACCAACCUGCCCUUUUCAUGAGGCAACGUGUGAAGGGGAAGCCAUCGACCUGGACUCGGGUUUCAUUGAUUCAAGCACCCAUAUUGGCAUAAACUAUCCCAGCUCGCAACGUAUCAAACCGAAAAAGGUGACUACAAGUUCGGUGAUGUCUGUUGACCAGCAGCUAGACCUGGUACUUCGGCGCAUUCGCAGGACCCCUAGGGAUGGUGAAUUUCCUUAAACCAGAGUCGGAAUCUGAACUGUCUGAUGCAGCUACGACAUUUGUCUUAUCGAACCUAGCGAUCUAUACGGAAAAGGUUACAGGUUCGUGAUACUGGGCUUCUUCCAUGGUCGAUAUCCGCGGACUCUAUAUCCGCACUCCAAACACGAAUGG